CCGACGGUGCCACCCUAUACUACGUCUACCGGCCUUGCGACAUCCCCAGCGGCGGAACAAGCAGUAAGAGCACGAAGCUGAUGAACACUGUUGCCAUGCGCGGAUCCAGAAAGACCGUCUAAAGUCUUGACCAUGCCCUGUAUCAGCGGUUGAAGGAGGACCUCAAGGAACGCAAGUAUCUUGCUCCCCAUCGACUGGUGGUGCAAGGCCUCUUACUACUGGUUGGAGACCAAGUGCUACGGCUUCCUUGCCGGCAAUGAGGGCAUCGAGAGCUCCCACUCCCUGAUGCGGAGCAAGACUCUCGAUGCGUCCCCCGUGCUAAAGCGGCCCGACCUCGCCGGCGCCCACAACGACUUCCGCAUAAGCUUGUCCAUCAACGUGACAGCUGCUCUGCAUGGCGCCAGCGUUGUGAACCACUCGAGGGUCACGAGCCUGCAAGGAUGCUAACGUGAAGCUUUGCGGCGGGACAUGGGGUCUGCCAGAGACCGCCAGACGCCUCCGCCGCAUGAAAUCCGCAUCAGGGCCAAAUUCUUUAUCAACUGCACGGGGCCCUUCACCGACUCGCUCCGCAAGAUGGAUGACCCUAACUGCAAGACCAUCGUCACCCCAGCCUCGGGAGUCUACGCCAUCCUGCCCGGCCAACCUGGGCCUCGUCGACCCCUUCACGUCCGACGGCCGCGUCAUCUUCUUCCUACCGUGGCAGGGCAAAACCAUCGCUGGCACCACCAACGAGCCUGCGUCCAUCGCGCCGAAUCCGCUGCCCGACGAAAAGUCGGUUGGAUGGAUCCUCAACGAGAUCAACCUACCUCUCGCCGGACAUCAAAGCCAGACGUGGCGACGUCCUCGCCGCCUGAUCCGGACUCUGCCCGCUACUCAAGGCAACCACCUCGUCGACGUCUCCGCUUCGGGCCCCAUGACCUGCGCGGACGGCCAAUGGACGACUUGCCCAGAGCUACGGCGGCCGCGCCUGGUCCGUCGCCGUUCUCUGCCGAUCCACAGACAAGCGCUUCACCGCGCGCGGCGAGCGCCCCUCCUUCGAGGCCCAGACCUUGCUCGAGGCUCUGCCCAAGGUCAUGGACAUCGUGACCAGGGAGCUGAAAUGACGGGAACAGGCGACGGCAAGAUCUCAAGUGGCGAGAAAAUGAGGUGCCACGGCGAUGCUGCACCGUCGCCUUCCUCGAGUCCAUGGGGGUGCCCAGGUCGAUGCUUUGCAUCACCCGCAAACAGGUCGAGCAGCGCAAAGAUUGACUUUGCCAGCCAGCCAGGAGCGCAAGAUGUGCUCGCGCCACGACGACGGAACCGCUGACGAGCAGUAGCUCCCCGCGGAGACUGCGAUGCUGCUUCGCAUUGGCGGUAAGCCGGAAAGCUUGUUUCGUUUAGUGAGCCGUGUCGGCCGUAAGGUAAGCGAGAGGUGACCUGAGGGUAGCGAGGGAGGGCUCGAGAUGCAGAGCAACAAGAUUAGUCGAGGACAAAGAAGAGUUGUGCCACUAGUUGAAUGUCUCGGACGGACAGGCUGGCCCCCUCGGCCCCCGCUGUGGUUAAUCAAUAAUACAUGGGGCCGGUUGGUUGCUCUGGACCUUAUGUCACUUCGAAGAGGACGAAAAUGAGAUUCCAAAGAUGUAGGUUGUGAGAAUAGAGUUCUUUUCCCUUCUUUUU